AUGUCUCUCAUUGAUUUUUGGAUAGUGUUGCUGGGUUGUUUGGCACUUUGUCAAGCUGCACCUACUGUUGCUCCAACGGUUUCACCAGAGGACAAAGACCUGGCUCAGGGAUAUCUUUCUCAGUUCUAUGGUGAUGUUGGGAUGACAAACUCCUCAAUGCGAAGCAUCACCAAUGACUCCUUCAACCAGGACCUGCAGGCCAUGCAGGCUUUCUUUGGCCUGGAGGUGACUGGCAUCUUGAAUAAAGAGACUGUGGAGGUGAUGAAAGCCCCGAGGUGUGGUGUGUCAGACAUCAGCCGAUAUGGACACUUCCCUGGAAAACCCAAAUGGGGGAAAAGGCUAAUUACAUACAGGAUCACUCAGUACACUCCAGAUCUGACCCAGAGUCAGGUUGAUGCAACCAUUGCUAAGGCUUUCCAGCUCUACAGUGAUGUCAUCCCACUGGUCUUCAAACAGGUCUACACCGGCUCUGCGGACAUCAUGAUCCUCUUCAAGGGCGGAUAUCAUGGAGACUUUUACCCUUUUGACGGAGCGGGUGGAGUCUUGGCUCAUGCUAACUCUCCUGGACAAGGUCAGGGAGGGGACACACACUUUGACGAUGAUGAAACCUGGACUCUUACCCAAAGAGGUGUGAAUCUGCUGUUGGUGGCGGCCCAUGAGUUCGGCCACGCUCUGGGCCUGGAUCACUCCAGGGACAGACGUGCGUUGAUGUACCCCACAUAUCAGUACGUCAACACAAACGGGUACAGGCUACCAGACGAUGACAGGCGAGGGGUUCAAGCCCUUUAUGGAAGCCGUUCAUCAGUGCCCACACCAGUACCAAAACCAAAACCACGUCCAGAGCCUGAACCAGAGCCUGAACCAGAGCCAGAGGACCCAACGGAAAAACCAAACCCCCGAAAUGAGCAGUGCAACCGUGGGCUGGUGUUUGACGCUGCUACCUCAAUCCGGGGAGAUCUGUUCUUCUUUAAAAACGGAUACUACUGGAGAAAGAGUUCAACCUCCCAAGGAAUCUCUUUGACUAGAGUGAACACAAAAUGGUCUAGGAUCAAUUAUGUCGAUGCUGCCUUUGAAGUCCCACACAGGGAUGUGGUGUAUCUCUUUGAAGGUAGUCAAUACUGGGGCAUAAAGGCUCAUGCAAAGACAAUAAUGUCAGGGUAUCCAAAGUCUAUCACCCACCUCGGCCUCCCCUCCUCAGUCAGUAAGGUUGAUGCAGCUGUUUAUGUGCCAACGACGGGAAAAACACUCAUUUUUGUAAAUAACCAGUAUUGGAGCUAUGAUGAGAGCAGAAACCAAAUGGACUAUGGAUACCCAAGAUAUAUCACUUGGGAUUUCCCUGGCAUUGGCUCCAAAGUAGAUGCAGCCUUUGAGAAUUAUGGAUAUAUUUAUUUCUCAGAUGGACCCAGACAGAGUGAGUACUACAUGCCAUACAAGAGGGUGAUGCGUGUACUGCUCAACUACGGCUGGCUCAACUGUUACUGAGACACAACUGUCGAACUCCCUAAAUGUAACUGCAGUUUGCAUGCAUAUCACUUUCUUAUGAUGUGGGGAACAGUUCAUAGAGACAGAUGUUGUUUUCUAGUCUAACUACUGCUUGGCUGCUGACGUACAGCAGAGGCAAAGGUCAGUAAAUGUUUAUCAUUUAAUCAAUUCUGUAAAUAAUCUUUGACCUGUUUGAAAAUGCUUCUGAUUAUGUAUGGAACUUGCAAAGGAACAUACUGAUGGUCAUUGUAUUUGCUAAGACAUGUUUGCACAAUUUUGGGUGUAAAAUAAGGGUUAAGACAUCCCGGGAUUACAAAUAAAGGUCAAG